AUGAGCAGCACCCCCGGGGGCGAUUACACUGCGCUGUUACCCGGUUCUCCCGUGUCCCGGGAGUAUGUCCGCAGUCGCUGGACCGUGGCGUACACUGCAGGCAGGUAUGAGUUCUUGUUCCAUAGGCAGCGAAAUACACGAAUACCGGCUGAUUUGGCCGAUCAGGCUUUUGCGGAGGCCGGGCUGGAAACUGCCGCGCGCUUGUUGGCGGACGGCGCUGUGCUCCCGCAUUCGGUGCGGCUGGGCGAAGGAGGUCUGGCAGGGGUGAUUCCGGGGUUGCAUGCAAUGCGGGAGGGAACGGUGCGCGGAUGUAAGCUGGUGUUCAAUGUUGGGGAGGAGCAGAGUGACUAG